AUGGACGUGAGUGGGGUCGGGGAGAGCGCGGGAGGGGAAACCGGGGCGGCGGCGGCGGCGGCGGCGGCGGCGGCGGCGCCCGCGCGGACGCCGAGGAAAAAGUACGAAGACGUCGACGAGAGCGAGCUCGUGCCGGGAACGACGCUUCCGGACGGACGCGUGGUCGUGGAAGAUUGGAAGGGAGACCCGAUGGUUUUGAACCCGGGAGAUAGGAUGCCGAGGUUCUAA